AGAUCUAAAGCCAGACCGACAUGAAUAAAAAGUCACAUAAGAAAAAGCAAAAGAAACGCGGCAAAGGCGAGGGCCGCAACAAGGAGAACGUGGAAGAUGUGCAGACCUCGGAGGCGGCUCAGGAGCCGCAGUCGUCCGCCAAGCCGCAAGACGAUCAGCUCUGCUAUGAGGUUAAGCACUCGGAUGUCAUGGGCAGAUAUGUGGUGGCGCGACGUGACAUCGCGGCGGGAGAGGUGAUAAUGGAGGAGCCGGCGCUGGUGGUGGGUCCCUGUAGCGGCUGCGGCCUCAUCUGCCUCGGUUGCUAUCGCGAGCUCGAAGACAACGCAAUCGUCAAAUGCAAAGGCUGUUCUUGGCCGCUGUGCAGUGAGUCGUGCCCGGGGCAGGGCAAGUAUACCGGGCACUCGGCCGCCGAGUGCGCCACGCUCAGCGCCGCGGCAGUCAAGCCCGACUACAACAACCUCGAGGACUUGAAAGACAGCUACCAUGCUAUCACACCCUUGAGAUGCUUGUUAUUGAAGCAAGAGGACCCUGCGAAGUGGUCACUGCUGUGUGCGAUGGAGCCCCACAACGCGCUGCGGCGAGCGCGCGCAGACAUCUGGCCCGCGAACCAGAAGCAUGUUGUGCGCCGCCUCCAGGACUGGGGCCUGCAAUACGAUGAGGAAGAGAUUCACACAGUCUGCGGUAUACUUGAGGUGAACGCGUUCGAGGUGGGGGGCAGCGGGGCGAGCGCGCGCGCGCUGUACGACAAGGCUUACCUGCUGGCGCACGACUGCACGCCCAGCACGACGCACACGGACGCCGAGCGACGCGCCGGCCGCCCGCUGACCGUGCGCGCCGCGCUGCCGCAUCGCCCCGGAGACCUCGUGUCUCUCUGCUACGCCUACACGCUGCAGGGUACAUUGAAACGGCGUGAGCACCUGAAGCUAAGCAAGUUUUUCGAGUGCGCGUGCAAGCGGUGCGCGGACCCCACGGAGCUGGGCACGUACUGCAGCGCCUUCCGCUGCCCCAAGUGUGCGGGCCGAGUGCUGUCAGCCGCGCCGCUCGACCCGCACUCCGCCUGGCAGUGCUCCGCCCCAGGCUGCAGCUACUCCAUGCCCGCGGUCGCCGUGCAGAUGCUGCUCAAGAGGUUAUCCGACGAGUUCGAGCAGAUAGAUGCAAACGACGUGUGUGGGUUCGAGGGCUUCAUCAAGAAGUACAGCAGCGUGUUGCCGACGAGCCACUACCUGUGCCUGUCCGCGCUGCACUCGCUCAGUCAGCUGUACGGCAAAGUGACAGACUACAUGAUACAUCAGAUGUCGGACGCGCAGCUGCAUCGCAAGGUGCAAGUCUGCAGGGACCUCAUGAAGGUCUUCGAUCACAUCGAACCGGGGUAUUCCAGGUUGAGAGGAAUAACGCUGUAUGAACUGCACGCUCCUCUCAUGGUGUUGACCACGAGAGAUUUCGAAAAGAAAGCCAUCACUAAAGACAACCUCCGAGAGCGAUUAAAAGAGAUUGUAAGUUAUUUAACUGAGUCAGCGUUGAUUCUGGGUUUUGAGCCGUCGCAGACCUCCGAAGGUCUGAUGGCCUCUGCCGCCAGAGAUGCUCUCAAGAAGAUCAAAACGUGGGAGCAGAUCAUCGGCAAGAUAUCGUGAAGAUGGCCUUGAAGAAAAACAUAUUUCAUUAACACUUUCAAUGCCACUGGCGAGCCUUGCAAGGCUUUGUAGCAUGGAACGUGUUAAACCGCUAGUUUUCUAACAUGUUUUUGUAAAUAAAGUAUACGAAAGCAAAAUUAUUUUAAAUAAAU